AUGGCCGACUCUAGUUCUUUGAGCGAUACCUCUACCUCUUCGUCCGAUUAUUCAGAUAUAGAAGAACUUUUAGAAUGCGAAGCACCCGAAAGUAGAGGGCAGCCCUUCACAGGGAUUCAACCCUGGCGUUUUGAGCCGCCUGGAAGAUCUCACGAGGCUGACGAAGUUCGUGAGUCGACUGAAAACAUCGAGCCUGCCACGCGUCGCUGCGAUCUCGAUAGUGAAGAAUGGUGAGUGCCCAGAUGGUAUAUAACAUUUGUUAUGUACAAUGCGAUCCAAAUAUCGCUCGAUUUCGUCAAUGUUAUGGAUUAUCUAAAUUGUAAAAGGAAAAUGACUAAUUAAACACGCACCUUUUUUUUCUGGAAAUCGGAGUGUUCAUAAUUUUGAAUGGUUCUCACAUGCACAAUUGCUCGAAAGCGUAAUUUUCCCUUGGAACGGACUGCUCGAAAUGAUAAUCUGGGCAAGUUACUUCAGUGUAUUUUUUUACAAUUUCUGGUUUAAUAGUGGUUUUGCCACAAGCAUAGGUUCUUGCCAAAACUACGCUCUCGUAAUCUGUUGACUGUAGUAAAUAUAUUUACAUUUCUACAUCGUUACCCCAUUGACAGCUGUUCAUGUUCAUGUAGUUGUUAUACAGUGCACAUAACAUUUGAAAGGCGCUGUAUAGUUUUGUCCUUACAAGUCGUUCACUAAUCGUUAAUGUGUCUCGUUCUAUCAAUGAAUGUGUCUAACAAGUCAUUAUUCUAGCUUUUGUGUAUCCUGAUGUUAAAAAGUUGGUCUUUAUGCGCCCAUGUGAAUAUUAACUGCUUGCAUAAAGGUUUCUUCUUCUCGGUAUAUAAUAUUCGAGGCUGAGACAUAUCUAUAAUCACUUAUGUUUUUGUCUUGAGCAUAAUAGUGGUUGUGUAACUUUAUUCACAAUAAUAUUGCAUUUGAUUUGAUAUAGCCACAGGAACUUGGUUCUUGAUUAUUUUGUGGUUAUGGACAUGAGAUACUUUAAUAAGGCCAUAAACAUUAAAGUAUGAAUAAGGCAGUUUGAUAAGUUUCAGGUGCAGAAUGAAAAUGUCAAUAUUCAACACUUGUCUUUUUGCCUUUCAUUAGCCAGACAUUCACUUUUGAUCAUGAAAAAACAUAACUGCUAUUGAUUGUUUGCAAGGUGCUUGUGUGGCUACUGCCAAAAAAUGUGGCGGGAGGAGGAAAACAUCUGCUGCCAAGAGGUGGAUGUUGUAAAGCGUAAAAAUUUGGAGGCAGUUGACGUUGAAAAUAUGGAGGAGCCUCCAAAGUGCAUCGUGGAACACCCAGGAUUCCAGGCAGUUUGCCUGAAUUACUGGGUGUUACAGGCUGCAUGGCUGCAAUACAAGCAGCAGUAUGGUGCCUCGGCAUAUGAGGGAUCAGAUCAUAAAAAAAGCAGGCACAUUGCGUACAGGCAAUUGGUAAGGUGGUGCUGGGGCUCCCUUGGAAAGGACAUAAGAGUUCCCUUACCAUCAUGUGCAGUAAACUGCGUACGGGCUCAUUUCCAGGAGCCUGAAAGGCUGGAUGAUGAGAUGGAGUAUACAGGAUUUCAAUAUGCAGAUGAAUAA